AGAGAGAGAGAGAGAGCCUUGUCUAGUCUCUUGUGCCAUUUCUUAGCAGCACCAAUGUCACUACUGCCAUUUGGGAGGAGAAUAGGGAAAGUAAGAUGGGCAUCUUGGUGGAGUGGCAAUUGGGAAAACAAAUGGGUUGUGCAUGUGUAUAUUUGUGUCUGCAUGUACUAUGUGACUUAUGAGUCUUUGUAACGACAUUAUUAAUGCAUGCACUAGAUGAAUUCAUAUCCAUUUCAUCAACUACAUCUUCCAAUCUUUUAUUUUUACUGUCUUAUCCUUUUGAAAACUCUGUCAUUGGACCUGUUCAAAUUAUUAGUUAUAUCCAUCGUUUUGGAACACCUUCAAAUUUUUGAUAAAUGUUAGAUCUUUUUGUUUCUAAUCAUGCAUUUGCACAUGGAUAACUGUGUGUGCAAUCAGGUAGGAAAUCUUGUGUUCUGGUAUGGACCGACCUACACCGGAUACUGAUUAUAGGGAUUUGGAUUGAACCUAGGAUACACAAAUAUCUUCAAAUUGUAUCCCAACAUAGUAUUUGGUAUGUAUUGGACACUGGCAUUCAUGAAACAGGAUUAAAUACAUGUCAGAUACUUAUUCUAAGUUAUGAAGCAUAGGUAUGGAUGUGAGAUACAGAUAUUACACUACAGAAUACUCGUAAUAGGAACUCUAAAAAGUAGUGUAUGAAACAUCCAUGAUAUAACAUAAAUAAAUUUUUUUAUUUAUGUAAAAAUCAUUUACAAAGAAUGAUGGCAUAUCACAAUAUUAUAGUCCACACUUCAUAUGAUGACACCAGUUUCUACAAACCUCAUAUAAUGCUUACACAAUAUUGCAGAGCAAAACUGACACUCGAUGUAAUAACAUCAACACCAUAAUUGAUCAUCCAUUGUCAAAUGGUCACCUUUGAUCAAACAAGAAGAAAGCGCUCUCCACUCAUCCCUGGAGCAUCCGAGAAGUACCUGAAACAUUUAAAUAAACAAUAAAGAAUGAUACUUAAAAUAAGUAUCUGAGACAUAUUUGAAGUAUCCAUGCUUCCUAGCUGUUAAUUUUGUUAACCAUGAUUUCUAUUUGUCAUCAUGUAUAUUCUUUUUACUAAUUAAGUUGACAUCAGUAUCGGAAUUAACUGUGUUUGGAUGUAGUCAACUAUAUGCCUUGUUCCACCAAGAUGAAGAAGUCUGAAGUCUCUUGAUUAAAAAUAAGCAAAGUCCAAGAAUUACUUCCACAUAUAUGACAUUUUAAGAGGAUAAUCUUUACAUAGAUGGAGUAAAAUCAGAUUACACUGUCUGGUUGUUCUGCCUUCAUAUUGAGAUUUAAGGUGAGAUGGAAGAGAAAAAAAGGAGAUAGGAAAGAAGUGGGAAAGAAAAAGAUAAGGGCAGUCACAUGAUUAGACAGAUAAAUAUUAGAAGUGAAGUGCUGGCCAAGCUUUUAGUUGACGUUUACACUGUCAUCAGGUUGAAUUAAUUUAAUACUGCUAUAUAAUAACUUGAUAUGCUAAACUUGUCAAAGUCUUUAGCUUUGAUCAAUUCAGGGUAUGCCUAAUCUAUUGGCCUUGGCUCAUUGUUUUGCCCACCAUUCUGAUUAAAUCAUGGGCUUGGUAAAUCAAUCUAUAAUCAUAAACUUAAGUCCACCAUCUACGGGCAAGGAAAAUUUAGUGUAAUGGAAGAUGAAGAUGAAGUGGGAAUGGUUAGAGUUGAAUUACAUAGAAAAUUGUUCAUCUUGUGCAUAUUUGUUUUUGUUCCCUUCAUGUUCCUCCAAGGCUGCUUUUCACUUAUUGCAAUUAUAUAACAUGAAAACAAGGAUCUCUUUUGACAAAUUUUAAUGUUAUUCAUUUCAGGUGCUCGCUAAGGAGCUCAUACUUGCAGUAACUUGAGCUUCCCUUCUUAGGUUGUCUUAAUGUGACUGAAUUAGCCGACUGGUUUUUAUCCAGAUACCCUUUAUGAGGCUUGAUGUAUUAUCUCUCAAUGAUGAUAAGGGUGUCAUGAUCCUUUAUGCAUCUAGCAUGCACUUGCAUAUGUUAACAUGCAAUGGACCAAAAAUUAUCGAUAAAUACUAACAUUUGAAGAUUCUAUAUUUGUACUUUUGCAUUGAGAGCUUAACAUGUUUAGCACAUAGAUUUGUUUAGGUUGAUAAGAUUAAGGUAUGUCUUUGAUGGCUGCUGUGCCUGAUUUCAUUGUGAAUUUGUGGACUUACCUGUUUGUUAGUUAUAUAUAGCUCCUGAGGUUAAUGUUGUUUUUGACUCUGUAAUUUUUGACAGGGAUUCAAGCUGACCAGGCAGAGUCUAUGGAGGUCUUCUCCUAGCUGGCAAGUGGUGUCAGCAAACAGGCAUCCUUCUGCCGGGCAGUUCAUGUCUAUGCAUCAAAGCCUUGGAGUACAGCUUGCACAGCUUGGCCGAGACGCCUCGGCAGCAGGAGCAGCUCGUCGCAUUUCUGCUCAAAGGAGGAAUGUGGAAAUAGAAUCAGUUGCAGCAGCUGGAAAACCUGAGAAAAAAGAAGUGGUGAAGAAGUACUUCCGUCUAGAGUUUCUAGAGAAGGAGCGAGAAGAAUUAGAUGAAGAUCUUGAUUUUAGGGCUCUCGAAAAUGGCUUU